AUGUCGGCAGAUUGGGUAGCAACUGUUGCCCUAGGCAUCCUUGCCAAAAACAGUGGAGAUUUUAAAAAUAGUUAUUCCAAAUCCAACCACCUGCUCCAAGCAUUUUGGGCACCGUUCCUUCUUCUACACCUUGGUGGCCCAGACACUACCACCGCUUACUCUUUAGAAGACAAUUACUUGUGGUUAAGACAUUUUCUUGGGAUGCUUGUCCAAAUCUUCAAGCACCAAGCAAUUCAGAGAUCCUUGCUCUCUGAUCCUAAUCCUGGACCUGAUUACGCUAAUUAUGUGGAAGCAUUUGAAUCCACCAUUGUGGAGCCCGAUUCACUUGAUGAAGCAAGGGUUGUGCAGCCAGAAAUAAUCGAUCCUGGGAUUGAUUAUCUGUAUUUAGCUCAUUACCUUUUCAAGAGGUUCCAAUAUCUCUUUGCAGAUCUUAUCCUCGGAAUUAAUGAGCGAAUCGAUUGCUACGAAAUUAUUCACAAGAAGUCACCUGAAGACGCCUUCAAGCAGAUAGCAGAUGAGCUUGGAUUCAUGUACGAUGUGCUCUACACCAAGGCGACUAUAGCUUGUUCGAAGACAGGAAUAAUUCUCAGGUUCAUCAGCUUCUUUUCUGCGAUAUCUGUAUUAGUUGCCUUCUUUCUCAUCAUUGAUAAGCAUGCUCUCCCGUCAGUUGACAUUAUUAUAACUUACUUCUUGAUAAUUGGAGCUCUUGUUAUUGAUGUUUACGGAUUCAUCCUACUCAUUUUCUCUGACUGGACAAAGCUUUGGUUGAUCAAGAACGCAAAUCCACUCACUAAUCUCAUUCGUCUUGUUACUUCUCCUUUUGAGUUACUUUUAACUAAACGUAAGAGGUGGUCAGGAUCCAUGGCACAAUACAACCUAAUUAGUACUUGCUUGAAGCCAGCCAAAUGUCUCGCAAUUCAGAAGUUAUUUGGCAUCCACGAAACAUUAGAGAAGUACUGCUACAGAACUUGGAAGACCAUUGAUGUUAGUUUGCAGAAAUCGAUCUGUAAGCAGCUUUGGGAGAAAGGUAAUCAAAUUAAGCACCAUAAAUUUGACAUACAAAAGUGCAAGCAACUAAUGGGUCAGAGAGGUGAUUAUGUACUUGAAAAAAAGGGCUUUCUUAAAGACUUUCAGUGGUGUACAACUGAUGUAGAAUUCGACCAUAGCCUCCUUCUUUGGCAUAUUGCUACUGAUCUCUAUUACCAUGAUGUAGCAGAAGGUUUUGACAGAAAUAAAGAGGUCUAUCAGAUAAGCAAAUGGUUGUCAGAUUACAUGUUGUAUCUUCUAGUUUUAUGUCCAUCUAUGUUGCCCAAAGGUAUUGGUGAGAUAAGGUAUAGAGAUACGUGUGCUGAGGCUCGGAGAUUUUUCAAACAAAGAAGAAUGGUGAUAUCCAAAGAAAAUAAUGAAGCUUACAAGAAAUUGCUCGAGGUGAAUACUAAUGUCCCAAUGGAAAAAAUAAAAGGCAACAGAAGUCAAUCUGUGCUAUUUUAUGGAUGUAAGCUUGCUAAGCAAUUGAAAUCGUUGGAAAGACAAGAUGAAGUAUGGGAGAUGAUUAGUCAAGUGUGGGUGGAAAUGUUGACAUAUAAUGCAAGCCGUUGCCAAUGGAAAGAACAUGGUCAACAGCUUAGAAAAGGAGGAGAACUUCUCACUCAUGUUUGCCUCCUUAUGGCACAUCUUGGCUUAAGUGAUCAAUAUCAAAUUCAGAAGGACUACAUUAACAGCCGGGACUCCUCAUUCCUAGAUGAAUUAUUCAGUAAUAAGUGUUUCUUGUGCCUUCUUGGUUGUACGUUAUGCACUGAGCAUUUGGUUUGA